AUGAAUGACUACCAGAUAGCACGAAACCUAGGAGAGAUGUUUGAGAACGCCACGCGGUCUCUGAACCUCGUGUUUGACACGAAGAACAUUGCGCUUCCGCCAUCGGUGACAUCAUUCAUCAACACGAACUACUACAACGUGGAGACAACGUUCACUACGAAGGAAAUCAUCAAGGGAUUAGAGUCGAGCAACGACAAUGAGGUGUACACUGUUUUGAAGCACCUUGUUGGGAAAUUGGCAACGAGAAGGGACGUUUCCGAAGUCGAAGGCGGUAAUGCUGUCGGUUACGGCUUCGAUGAAAACUCAGAGACGGUGAAGGAGAUUGUCCAAUUGUUCCCACACAUCAUCAAGAACGUGAAUUCGGCCAAUCUCAAGAUCAAGAGGUUGGUUUAUAUCAUGUUGCUUAGCUUCAAUCACUUGCAACAAGAUAUUUCUUUGUUGUCCAUCAACGCGAUUCAAAAAUCAUUGACUGAUAAAAGUGCCAUCAACAGGUCCUUAGCCAUCAGGUGUUUGAGUGGUAUCAGGAUACCAGCCAUUUUACCGAUUUUGCUGUUGUCAAUGGGGAAGCUGGUGAAGGACUCUUCACCGUUGGUAAGAGCUGCUUGCACAAUUGCAAUAAUCAAAUGCGCAGAGCUGGACACUCAGUAUAAUAUGAUAAAGAGGACUAAAGCGAAAACGAAGAAGGAUUUCAAAUCAAAACAUGCCAAGAAUACAGAAUCUAUUGUGGGUGCAAAUGGAGCAAAGCUGCAGAGAGAGUAUAUGGUAAGUUGUUUGAGAGACGAAACAUCAACAAUCUACCAGCUGAGCAGCUACCUUGACAUCCUAUUGAGUGACAAUGAUCCAAAAGUGUUGAGCUGUGCCCUUGUCACAUACCACGAGCUUUUCAACGGGUGUUUUGAUUUGCUUCAUAAUAAAGUGAACAAUCUUGUCAAUCACAUUGAAGAUAUGGACAGCUUUGCUACUUCGAAUUUGAUCGAUAUAAUGACUGAUUAUAGCAGACUAUUUUUUGAGCCCUUUACCAGAUUAGAGGAUGCCCCGAGGGAGUUGAGAGAUCUUUAUGGCCAUCUAAUGAACAUGGUUUAUUACAGCAUGGAUUACAAUGUCACUUUCUCUAUUGUGAAGUGUCUGGUCACUCUUUACCCAUUUACACUCUCCUCAAAAGACGUCAGGCUUGACAAAAUUAUGAUUAAGCUGAUUCAAAAAGACUCGUACGAUGACAUAAAUGGCGAUGCUCGAGUUUCUAUCUCACUUAACAUGAUUCUGUACUUAUUGAACAAAGAGCUGGUUUCAUUUCGAAGUUAUCAGUUUUCCAAUUUUAUUCCUUCCACUUCAGACAACCCCGCUAUCUUUGAUACUAAAAUCUCGAUACUAUUUAAACUAAUCAGCGAAGAAAAUUUUGAAGUUGUGUUCAAGGAAAUGAAGUUUUUGGUUGAGAAGUCUGACUUCAACUACUUCUUCAAAUUCAAAAUCUUAGAGCAGAUCAACUCCUUGAUUUUGAGUAAAAAUCUCCACGUCCAGCAAUUCUCCAAAUUGAUCAGAUUCUUUAUGAAAAAAUUGCAAUAUGAGAAGAACGAGCUUCUUGUUGGAGAGUACAUCACUGGAUUGAGGCAAUUAAUCCAGUUCAAUUUAGGAUACUAUAAUGAGAUAUUGAUAAAACUCGUGGGUAGAUUAGUGGAGUCUUACAAUGACGAUAAUGAUGUGAAACUUCUUCACAAUGCAAAGGCGUCUAUCAUUUGGUUACUGGGCGAGUUUGCAAUUGACUUCAGUGAUUAUCAUGCCAGUGAGAACAUCACAGUAUUGAAAAAUGCGUUACCGGACCUAAGUUUACUGCUGGUGGAGCAUUUCAAAGAGGAAACGGAGUUCAACGUCCGGCUUGAAACGCUGAUCUUUGUCACGAAACUGAUGAUUUCAGACAUAGUGGAGAACGGGAAGGCGAACUAUAGAAUACAGAACAACAAGCUGUUCAAGGUGUUCAACUAUGUGCUACAACUAGCCAAGUACGACAUCGAGCUAUACGUACGAGACAUGAGCCGCUUAAUUGGCUCGCUUCUUCCAAAUGUUGUCUACUACAGCAACCUCUUGGUGACUCAGGAGGUGAACAUUGACGAGAUGUUGAACAGCGACCCAGUGUUGCUGAGCCAUUGUCUGGACAAGUGUUCGAGCGUCGACUUGUCAGUCUUGAUGUUCCAGCUAAGCAAGCCACAGAUCCGUCUGGGCGGGGUCGACGAAUCCGACAAGGACGAGGACAGCCUCAUGGCCAGUGUGGCGAAAUUCAGCCAGGUGGGUACCGGCAAGCUCGACCCCGGCUACCUGUCAUACUACCGGGACUUGCGUACAGAAGGGUUUGAGCUCCGGGACUACGGGAAGUACAGCAGCUCGCUAUCCUCGGCAAGCUACAAAAAUCAUAGUCAGACCCAGCAUGCGCAGUCGCCGGUUGCCGAUAGCUUUGCUGACAGCAGAGACCGGUCUCUCUCCUCUGUAUCCAGCGGCACGUCCUCCGGUGCAGGCAAGUACAAGUUGCAAACGCUAGACGACUUUCUCGGGAGUGCGUGA